GCAGCCUCCUCCAAAUCGUCAGGUUCGAAUGUGGACACCUGACAGACACCCUUGCCAAAAUGAAGUGCUCCCACGCACGCUUCCGAUUACCGGAGUACUCCUUGUUGCAGAGUUUGCACCGCAGUCUUCUCAACCCACGAGCAUUGCUCGGCAGCAUCUGCCUAGGAGUGACCCAAGACCACAUGACGCGGUCCCUACUGCAGGUCAUGUCCUCCCGAAACGGCUCCCGUUGCUCCCCUGCCAUGACAUCGGUGAUGCUGCAAAGUCAGUGCGGGGUUGCUGCUGAAGUGGCUGCUGCUUUUGAUGCUGUUGCGGGAGCUGGCACUGGAAGGUGCAGGGCUGCUGCUGAAGUGGUUGCUGUUGCCGCUGCUGUAGCGGUUGCUGCUCAUGUGGCUGUUGUUGUCCCGGUGGCUGCUGACAUGGCAGUGGAAGGUGUUGUGGGUGCUGCUGCUGCCGCUGCUGAAGCGGUUGCUGCUCACGUGGCAGCUGCUGCGCUGGAAGGUGCUCUGGGUGCUGCAGCGGUUGAUGUGGGUGUUGCAGCUGCUGCUGAAGCGGUUGCUGCUCACGUGGCUGCUGCUGUCGUGGUGGCUGCUGACGUGGCAGGUGCGGACGAAACACCUGCUGACGUGGCAGACGCUGACGAUGCACCUGCAACAACAAGGAACAGAAGAAAUCCGCGCGACGACGAUCGGACUUCGGGAGGAGGAGGACAGGGAGGUGUAGGAGGUAGAGGACAAAGAGAAGGAAGAGGAGGAGGAGGAGGAGGAGAGGAAGAAGAAGAAGAAGAAAGCCGCGGGACGACGGUCGGAGUUCAUAAGGAGGAGGAGAGGGAGGAGGUGGAGGAGGAGGAGGAGGAGGAGAGGGAGGAGGUGGAGGAGGAGGAGGAGGAGGACGACGAGGGGCCGCGGGGACUUACCUGAUAGCUAUGGGUGCCGGACAUGGCAGCAGCUGGAGCGCGGGGCGAUGCGAGGGCAGUUUCGAUUCGAAUUCGAAACUGACCCUUCCCCCCCAGCUCCUCUCCCUGGACCCGAUUCCCGCGCCCGCGCCCCCCCCACACAGACGACCACCGGCCCUCAGGCCCUCCGAACCCCCGCCUUCAACCGGUACCGGCCCGGGAGGAACCCGUUCGCGGGCCUCGAGAACACGUUCUCGUGAACGUGUUCACGACCCGUUCGCGCGAACGGGAGAACGUGUUCGCCCGAACGGGAAGAUCCGCGAACACGAUCGCCGUGCUACGCAACAAACAGGUAAUAAAAAGUUAAACCGACU